AGCUGGGUGAUGCUGCAGUCAGAGUGUGAUAGGUCCCUUAACCCGUUGUAUGAGUGUCUGUCUCAACGCUACACUGUGGCUGGAGUGGAGAAGGCACGCUACCAGUGGGUGGACAGGGACUGCUGCGCUGCCUUCAAGGUCCUUCAACCUGGGGCUCAGCUGGAGGACCACAGAUGCUAUCCUGGCAGAGGCCACCUCUGGAAAUCUCAAGAACAUUUGCGCAUCAAGGAACAAGUUUAACAAAGACAUUAUUGUCAAGUUGGACUUGUUUCAUUGUAUGCGGCGGUUUACCAGGGAGUGUGUCUCCGAGCAUCAUUCUUUGUACAGCUCCUUCUGCCAGUUCCUCUCUGCAGCAUUCGUUGUGGUGGACCACAGCGAUCUCCAGAAGCGGAAGGAGGCGUACACGUUCUGCAGAAUUUCUCCUGCUAACCCCACCAAGCAGCACAUAAGAGAGCACUGCAGGACAAAGGUGCCACAGCCAAUGGAACUGCUGCAAAGAGUGGAAGACGUCCUCCAUCACUAUUACAUGGCAAAGGAUGCCAAUGAUUUGCUCCUUUUUAAAGACUCAAUGUUAAAGGUGUGGAGGAUCCAGCGCAUCCACAUCCUCCGAGGCUGCCUGAGCGACCCUGAAGUGGGAGAGGGAAUCCUCUACAGGUAUGGUGGCACCCUGCAGCUGAAUUACAACAAGGGCGAGGGAGCUGCCGUGCCUGUGUGGAUCCCUAUGAGAGGCACCUCUCAGCAGGAGGGUUUCCACGGACACCAAGCCCAAUGGGUGACAGGCAACCGGGUGUCCUGUGAACUAUUCCAGGCCCAAGCUAUGACUGGAGUUGUGCGCUGGAACUACCAGAGGCUGGUGGACCUGAAACAGCCAGAUGUGGAGCUGCCAGCCGUGUUUGACCCCCGGUUGAUUUCAGAGCUUAACACCAUCUCUGUAAAAGUCACAGGAAGGUCCAAAUACCCAGCACUGCAGCUCUCCAACAGGGACACGGGGGAGAGAUUUGGACUGCAGUACGUGGAGCCAGGCUGUCGUCCUGUUGUUUUGAACUGGGACAAGAACAGGGCACAGCCAAACAACCCAGCGGCAGUAGCCAUGGAGACAGAGCAUCAUUGCCCUGCCCCUACUGUUGUAGUGGGCACAGAAUCUCAGGAAUCCUCUGCUGAUCCAGUUGGGGCAGUGCCAAUUCUGUCUUCCAGUUCCCGGCAGUCCUCUGAUGUUGUGACCAAGUCCCUGCCGCCUUUCACACAAGCCUCUGCCACACAAAAACCAGAGCCUUUGAUAGAUACAGACUUGACAGGGGUAGCACCGCUGCCUCAGUCCUCCUCUCCUCGAGCCACCCGCACUGGACCAAUUAAAACUGGUGGCCUCAUUCAAGUCUUGGACCAUGGUCGGUGGACAGAACCCAUGAAAGCUGCCAUCGACGAGCUUCUGGUAAACCACCGUGGUGCCAAAGAUGUCCUGAAGCGGGUGGAUGCGGACUACGCUGCCAUGGUCCAGAGGGGAUGCACAGACCGGAACAGCCUCCUUCACCCGACCACAGUCCAACAUAUCUCACGAUAUGUUAAACAUCUGGCAAAAUUAAAAAAUACCAGCUCUUCCCUCAACACAUCCCCAGAAAAGGUCUUAGAGACACAGCAGCUGUGGCAUAGUUUGACCUCAGGCAGCCAAACUAUCAGUGUGCCUGUCAUAACUCUGCCACCUGCCAUAUUCAACCCUCCAGCUGUGGCUCCCAGACAGGAGGACUCACUGAGCAGGGCUUCAGUGGAGAAGAUUGUGGCAGACGUCCUGGCAAAUCAACAGCAGCCGCAGCAGCAACAACAGCCUCAGAAAAAGACGCUGAUGAGAAACUGUUUAGCCUGCGGUCAGCCUAAAUCCCGAUAUCUUGGGGAUGGCUCUUCAGUGCAUUUUUUUUACCAGUCAAAAACGGUAAAAUACUUUUACUGCUCCACCAAGGUCUUUAAGACCUAUGCGAAGGAAGGCCUCAAAGACACCAGGAUGUCUUUUGAGAACUUUGCUGCAACUCAGUUUUUUGAGCGAGAGCUGGAGGCUGCCAGACAGAGGGGGGCAGAGUGGAGAAAGGUUGCAGAGGAGAGAGGGAAGAGGAAGGCAGCUGUGCAGCUGCCAACAGGCCGUCUCUGCAGGUUUUGUCACCAACCACUGAAGCAGAGUCCCAACAGCCCUCAUACCCAUGCAUCCUUCCCAGGGGUUCCAGGGAAGUACAUCUACUGCCCCUCCAGAGUCUUCUCCUUAUAUAAUGCACAGGGCAUGGAGAAGGAGAUGACAUGGCGGGAGUUCCAGCAGUCGGACUUCUAUGAUGUUGAAAGGGACAGAUGGAUUGCAGACAAAAGGAAGCCCUAA